GGCGCGGCGCCUCCUGCUCUCCUCUCUCUCCGUUCCAUCGCAUCUCCUCCCGAUCCCAAAUCGAUCGCCGCCAUUCGCCCGAUGGCGGCCUCCUCCUCCUCCUCCCGCCCCGACGAGGAGGAGCCCAGCGGCGACUUCUGGUCCCACCCCACCGACCAGGAGCUCGUCACCAAGUACCUCCGCCGCCACGUCGAGUCCGGCAAGAACCUGUGGCGGUUCGUCCACGAGGCCGACGUGUACGCCGCCGACCCGGAGGACCUCACGACCAAGUACGCACCGGCGGUCGCCGGCGACGGCUCCGCGGCGUGGUACUUCUUCACCACCGUGCGGCCCAAGAGCGAGGGCGGGCAGCGGAGGGCGCGGGCGGUGGGCGACGACGGGUGCUGGCACUCGGAAGCCGGCGCCAAGGACGUCGUCCUCGGCGUCCCCAGCCCCCGCCCGAUAGGGCGGCGCCAGGCCUUCUCGUUCGUCACGAAGCGGGACGGGCAGCGAGUGCGGACGGGGUGGAUCAUGGUCGAGAUCGGCCUCGGCUACGCCCAACAGGACGUCUCCUCCAACGAGCUUGUUCUGUGUAAGGUGUACCGGAGCCCCCGCGCGCGCCCCGCCGCCACGAAAUCCAAGACGGCGGAUGAACCAGCUUCCGAUGACGUGAAACCCGCCGUGGCGGCUGCGCCGACCCCCGACAGCAAGACACCCACGGUGACGCUGGCGAUGGCGGCCGCGGAAGCGGCUGGAUGGAAGAGGAAGGCCGACGGCAAGAGCUCCGGCGUAGGCAGGGCGAAGUGGCUCUGCUCCCGCUGCCGGGCGGAGACAUCGGAAUCGGCGGGCAGCGAGACGGCAGUCCUUGACAACGCGCCCAACGAAGACGAAACGGCAGAUUCUUCAGAAACCCAUGGGCACCUUGGUGCCAAAUUCUUCAAGUUUCUGUGAUUAGUUUCUAUCUGGAGCCAAGGCUGCCAGUCUAGAUAGGGAUCGCAUUUACCACAAAAAUGGGAAGCUGCUAUAUUUCCCAUUGAGUAGCACUAGUGUAAUCGGACUCCAAAUCAUGCCUUACCCGCAAACUCCAGUCUGAUACAGAAAGGGUAAGCUUCUGUUUUCAGUAU